AUGUCAGACGGAGCAGGAUUGAGCAGACCUACUGGUCUUCUUAAAAGCGCGCAAAAAGAUGAGCCUGUUAGUCGAAAGAGGAAAGAUGAAAACCCACACGGUGGGAGGGCGCAGAAGGCCAAGAAGCGAGGUAAACAGAAAGAUUCAGAGGAAGAAAAACCCUUGAAUGUCGCUUGGCUUGAAAAAGACCUGCGAAAGUCAUAUGUCAGUCAGCUUCCAAGCCCUGAAAAGAAAGAGCCAACUCCGAAACGAACCGAGUAUAUGGCCCACGAUCCUGCUAUCACGGAUUUGGACAAGGUACCGAAGGGUUGGACUCGUCAUGACCAUGACAUUCAUCCCGAUGAUUACAAAGCUCAAACUGAGCGGUGCCUGCAGCGAUUAAAAGAAAAUAUUAUGCCGAUCUAUUUCAAGAACCGGCUGAAGGAGAUCAAAGCGAAGUGGAGCGAUCGCGAUGAAAGAAUGAAAGCGUAUCCGGGACUUAGCUGGCCCGUUGUACAGCGGUUGGAAACUCUGGUCAACUCCCUAGACUGGCUUGCCAAAGAGGAUAAGAAAGACCAACAUCAACAGGUGGAGAAUGUGAAAGCUCUUAUAAAGGCAUACAAAAAUCAGACCCUCAAGUGGAAUCCGGGGCUUGUCACAUACUGGUCCAAGGGCGUACGGCUUUGCGAGCCAAGACCGUUUGAUAUGAAGGAGUUCAUGCAUGUCAGCAUCAAACACGAAGGCCAUACAGGAUUUUGGGUGGAAGGAUUCGAUUAUGCGCCGCAAGCUAUGAGGAGGGCACACAUUUAUGUCAUCCCACCUGGCCUCGCCAAAAGCCAUAUUAUAGACUUUGCUAUUCGUUUUCCGAAGCAAGGUCCCCAUCAUGCCCAAAAGGCGCUGGAGCUGGACUUUGUCGAUGACACCGGAGCCGAAAUAAUGUCGUUAUUUCCUGGCGAUCUGACAGAUAUCCGAGACUUGCAUACGAAUAGCACAAUGGCCAUAUCAUAUCCACCUGUCAUUGGGGUUCUUACCAUUGAAGUGGCGAAUGGUGCAACGGAACACGGCCUGGGAAGAAUGAUUGAGCUCAAUAUGUUGGACCCAGACUCAGGCACCUUGCUCUUGAAAAAAUGGGAGCCUGUACCAUGCGCGGUAAGAGGUGGGACACCAAAUACCGGUGGUGAGAGAUUGAGUGGCCUAUGGAUGCGACGAAAAUUGUAUACUUACACGGCCCCCGAUAAUACUGAUCGCCUAUGGAUCCAUAAUGAGCGCCCGUUUAUCAAGGACAUGCCAAAGGCAACGAAGGCACAGAUGGCAGCGCCCAUUCCUUUUUGCAAAAGAAGGAUUGAGUCUCUGGACAAGUACCCGGGGAUGGACACGACUUAUCCAGGCGGUCACCCUGCAAGUGACGAUGAUGAAGACGAUGAAGACGAUGAAGAUGAUGAUGAGAAUGAUGAUGAAGAUGAUGAUGAUGAUGCCCCUUGA